AUGACUGUGCGUGACAAGCUUACGCUAACGCAUCCUUCGACGACCCCAAACACCCUGAGCAGUGUCGUCACACCCGGUAGCUUUCCGUCUGCGAGAUCAGUACAAAAUAUCACGGUCGGACCCACGGUAUCCCCCGCCUCGCGGUUUUCCAGCAACUCUACAAUGCAGCAGCAACAGGGCUCUGAAAAUGCCCGUCAUUUGACCAACGAUGCCAACACCAUGGACAAGGCUGCUCUCUCCUUUAUCCUCUCGUCGUCCGAUUCAGAAUGCGACGCGGACGAAGCAAGCGAGCUAAAUGACGACUCUACCAGCGGUUUGGCCAUCGCCAAACGAAAGCGCUCGGUCGCGGAAGCUGCAACACCAGUUCGAAAAGGCAGUAAGUUCUGUACGGUGGAAGGAUGCAGCAGUCGUGCGAAACAUGCGAAGCGCUGUUGGAAGCACGGUGGAUCCGUCAAGUGCAAGAUACAGGAUUGCAUCAAUCGUGCCAAGUCCAAGGGCGUCUGCUGGUCGCAUGGAGGAGGUACCGUGUGCUCGUUCGAGAGCUGCGAUACGAUUGCAGUGUCGCAUGGAUUUUGCUGGGCUCACGGAGGUGGCAAGCGAUGCCAGGUGCCGAGCUGCUCCAAGCCCGCGUACGAACGGACGCAGAAUUACUGUCAGACGCACUUUGAUGAGCUGGGUGCUGCAGGCAGUGGGGCUUUCUAG